AUGGGGGAAUGCUGCACUCCAGCUGGGUUCCCAGGGGAAUCUGGGGGACCCUGUGUCCAGCGCUGUCUCCUGCRCUCUGGGAUGGGGCUGGGAUGCUCUGCAUUCCCAGCAGGAAGCGGGAUCGYUGUGUCCGGGCUCGUGGCCGCGGUCUGUUUGCAAUCAGCCCCGGAGCCGCGUGCGGCCGGGCCCGGUGCCAGCCCCAGCCCGGAGAAGGGAGCGGGAGCGGCCGGAGCCAGAGCCGGGGAGCAGAGCCCGGGGAGCGCAGCACAGCCCGGGGAGCGCAGCCCGGGGAGCACAGCCCGGGGAGCACAGCACAGCCCGGGGAGCAGAGCCCGGGGAGCACAGCACAGCCCGGGGAGCACAGCCCGGGGAGCAGAGCCCGGGGAGCGCAGCACAGCCCGGGGAGCGCAGCACAGCCCGGGGAGCAGAGCCCGGGGAGCACAGCCCGGGGAGCACAGCCCGGGGAGCGCAGAGCGGCGGGAGCGGGGAGGUGGCACGGGUCCAGCUCAGCCCGGGGGCACGCGACACCCCUGGGGACACGGGGACACCAUGGCCCGGCUGCUCCCCGUCCUGCUCCUCGCCGCUCUGGGCUGCGCGGCCAAGCCGAGCCGGCGGCCAGCGGCGUGGGACAAGGGAGCAGAUGCCCAGAGACCCUCGGCGAGGGGCUGCGCCAACCUAACGCUGGUCCUGGACAACUGGAAAUUCGCCAUCACAUCCCAGCUGCGGAACCUGCUGCUGUCGGACCACCAGACCGUGCUSCCUGACUACGGGAGGAUCCCGGCGCUGUCGGGGGCCCUGGACGAGCUCUACCGCGAUUUCCGCGGCCUCAAGGAGCAGCUGGGCCGGCUCUCGGAUCGCUUCGCCCACCUCGAAGCCUCCGUGGAUCAGCUGAGCCGGGCCCGGGGCGCUGCAGCCCCGCCGCGCCGGGGAGGGGUCCCGCAGAGCCCCCGCAGGGGCCCCGGGGAGCCCGCAGUGACCCCGCAGUGACACCGGGACCGGGACUGGGGCGGGGGCGACACU